AUGACCUCACUAAACCGCAGGGAGGUUAAAUUGUGCCGUGAAUUUUCUCUCUCUCUCUCCGUCUGUGGCAAUGACCCUCUUACUCGCUGUUGGUGUUCCUUAUUCACGUGUUUUCAACUCCGAUUUUGGAGGAAAUCUAUCUAUGGUUUGUAUUAUCUAUCUAUGCUUAUUUUAAAAUGGUCUCUCUCUCUCUCACUAUCUAUCUAUCUAUCUAUCUAUCUAUCUAUCUAUCUAUCUAUUCCCACUCUGUUUCUAUCUAUCUAUCUGAUAUUGAGGGGGAACACAGGUGUACACAUAUUCCAUUAUAUCACUAUCUAUCUAUCUAUCUAUCUAUCUAUCUAUCUAUCUAUCUAUCUAUCUAUCUAUCUAUCACAAUCUGUUCUUUAUCUAUCUGUUUCAGUCUGUUCCUUUUCUGUCUAUCUGUCCCACUUGAAAGAUAAACAGUUUGAGAGACUGUAUGUAUCUAUCUACAUAUGUCUGUUCUGUUCUAUCUAUCUAUCUAUCUAUCUAUCUAUCUAUCUAUCUAUCUAUCAUAUCUAUCUAUUCUAUUCUUAUCUAUCUAUCUAUCUAUCUAUCUAUCCGAUUUUCCUUGUCCCAGCAACUGGCAUCAUUGAUCUAUCUAUCUAUCUAUCUAUCUAUCUAUCUAUCUAUCUAUCUAUCUAUCUAUCUAAAUACUUUCCAACCAGACUUAGAUCUAUCUAUCUAUCUAUCUAUCUAUCUAUCUAUCUAUCUGUCAGCUCGUUCAUUCCCGUUCAUGUUUGUCUGUCUGUCUAUCUAUCUAUCUAUCUAUCUAUCUGUCAGCUCGUUCAUCCCCUUCAUCUCCUUCGCUCUCUCUAUUUCCGCCCGUUCAUGUUUAUCUAUCUAUCUAUCUAUCUAUCUAUCUAUCUAUCUAUCUAUCUAUCAACACUAUCACUUGACAAGACACCAGAAUCUGUUUCUAUCUAUGUUUCUCUCUCGGCUUUUUCAUAUCUAUCUAUCUAUCUAUCUAUCUAUCUCACCUCGUUCAUAUCUCUCUUUCUAUUUAUCUAUUUCAACUCGUUCAUGUUUAUCUAUCUAUCUAUCUAUCUAUCUUAUAUGUCCAGGAGAAAUCUCGUAUUUAUCGACAUUUCUUUGUUCAUGUGUUUGAAUUGCAAAUUUAGUGAUAAUCUAUCUAUCUAUCUAUCUGCAGAGGGCGAUAGAAAGAGAGAGAUUGUACAGUAUAAAGACAUUCUUCGACAAAAAAAAAGUAUAGAAAACUCCCUAGAAUGCUUCGUUUCUGUUUUUUGA